AUGACUUCGCUACCGCCUCGCGCACUGGAACCGUCCGUGCAAGACCAUCUUCGCCUGGAGGCCUUCGAAGACAAGUUCGACGUGAAGGACUUCGUCGGUGCGAUCUCCGAGAAGCUCAUUGCACAGUCCAAAGCGGACCCCGGACCGUUCGACCCGAAGCCGUUCAUCCGCACGUUCGAGGCAGCCGUGGAUAAGCUCAUCGCCGUACGCAAGGAUGUCCAGGCGAAGACCGAGCAGAUGGAGAAGAGCGUGCGGGUCGCGGAGCGUGACUACUCGAAGAAGAUGGUAGAGCUAAACCGGGGAUUCGAGGCAGUUGGCCAGUCGUUCUCCGGCAUGGAGACGAAGAUGAACGAAGUCGGUCGGACCGCUAUUCGUAUAGGCGAACAGAUGGAGUCCGUUCACCAACAACGACAGCGAGCGCAAGCCGCAUAUGAUCUUAUUGACUACUACGGGCAGUUCGCGAAGGACGAUACGACUCGCGUUGACGCCCUCAAGAAAGAGGGCAAGGAGGGCAGGCGGAAGGUCGCCGUCCUCUUGCGCCGGUUAGCUACUGUUGCAAAAGAGGUCGACCUGUCCCACUCGGACAAGACACGAGAGAACAUCGACAGGUAUUGCGAGAAGUUCGAAAAGGACAUGCUGCACCUAUUCGACCGAGCAUAUCGGAGAGGCGACCCGAAGAUGAUGCAUCAUUGUGCGCAAACGCUUCUCGAUUUCAACGGGGGUGCGUCAUGUGUACAAGUAUACGUCAAUCAGCACGACUUCUUCAUCAACCGAGUUGCCGAGUCGACCGCCAUUGGUGACCAACUCUGGGGAGCCCUACCAGACCCGGAUGCUCCUCCACCAGUAACAGAGCCUGGUCUACAAGACUUAUUCGUCGAAAUUCGUACGACCGUGGGCCAAGAAGCCCAGAUUGUACAAGCCGUAUUCCCGAACCCAGCAUAUGUCAUGCAAGUCUUCCUCCAGCGAGUAUUUGCUCAAUCGAUACAACACCAUUUGGAACAACUCGUCGCGAGAACAACAACGAUGCCAGACUUGGGUUUCCUCCGAAUACUGCAACUCGUACAUCAACAGACAUCCGUCCUAGUGGAAGACCUCAAGGCCUACGAGCUCCCUUCCGUGGUGCCCCGCUCACCGAUCGAUGCCAACGAAUUCGAUCGUACAGUGAAAGGCAUACCUGCAUCCGCAGCCUCCAACACGGCGACAGCCGCGACAAUCAGCACGAUGCUCGAGACCGCGAUGGAAGAGCUCUUCGUUCCCUACACCGAGGGGCAGCGGUAUCUCGAGAAAGAGAGCCACAGUCUAGGCGAGCUUUACACAAGCUACCUGGCCAAGUACUCUCGCUACCACGAGAGAACAGGCGUCAAAGGUAAAUCGUCGAUGUUCGGGCGCAUGGUCGACCAGCUCAGUGCCGCGGCUGCAACAACAUCGAACUCCGGAACUUCUACCACUUCCGCUCAGGCGGCGGCUGCGCUCAUGCGCUUCGGCGGCCUGGGCUCGUCGACGGAUCGUGCGCCCGAGAAGACGGCGGAGGAUCCCAUCCGUGAAGAGGAUGGCAUGUUGAGCGUCGAUGUCGCGGAGAAGAUGCUCAGGUGGCAUGCGGAGGCCAUCGGCCGCUGUGUGGAGCUGAGUCCGUCGAGUGACGUUCCGAAGACUACGUUUGCGUUGCUGAGAGUGCUCUCUGCGGUGAUCGCCAAUUCGUACAUCGAGGCGGCCCUUGAGACUGCACAAGCUCGCCUUGAGGCAGCGGACGCGAAGUCAGAACCAAGCAUGCAGCCGCUCACAGUGCUUCGCGAGGUUGACCUCAUUUGUCACUUGUGGCAACGCUACGUGACGAUGGCCCUCUUGCCGCUCGCAAGUAGCUCUGUCACGGUGCGGCGCGAGAUGGUCGUGUUCAACAAUCAGGCGGUCUCCCGGAUCGAGGGCGGCGCGAACCAGGUCACGCAGAAGUUGGCCGACAGCAUCAUCACCUGGUUGUCCACCCAGCUCGCGAAACAGAAGCGUACAGACUUCAAGCCCAGGAACGAUGAUUUGUCGUUUGCGCGGGUAAACACCGAGCCUUGCUUAGCAUGCUGCGAAACGCUCGAGAAAGUGCGCGAUGCGGCCAAGGCGAACCUGAGCGGGAAGAAUCUCGAAGUGUUCUUGACAGAGGUCGGCGUGGCUUUCCACGGAUUGCUUCUGGAGCACCUCAAGAAGUUCCCUGUGAGCGCAACGGGCGGCCUGAUGCUCGCCAAGGACCUCAAGUCCUACCAAGACACGAUCGACACGUUCUCCAUCCCCUCCCUCCACGAACGCUUCGAGUUCAUCCGCCAGCUCGGCAACGUCUUCCUCGUGAAGCCCGACAUCCUCAAGUCGUACAUCACCGAGGGCUACCUCGGCCGCAUCGACGCGAACCUGCUCCGGCCGUACCUCGCGCAGCGCUCCGACUGGGGCCAGGCGGAGAAGGGCUUCAACGACGCGGCGGACGGCGGCCCCGGGGGCGCGGGCGCGGACGGCAAGGGCGUGCGCGACCGCUUUGGCAUGGGGCGGCUGAGCAUGAUCAUGAAGGACCUCGAGCCGCUGCGCGAGAUCAGCAUGCCGAGCAUGCCGCCGAUGCAGGGCAUGAGCAGUUUUGCGGGCAACAUCGCGUCGCAGUUCGCGAGCGCGCGGCCGUCGCGGUUCAGCAACAUCGGGGCGUGA